AUGGAACUGUCUUCUCGUGGACAUCGUCGUAAUAAGGGCGAAAAGCCUUAUCGUUGUGACAUAUGUGCUAAAUUGUUUACCGUCCGGUCCAGUCUCGAGGCACAUCAACGCAUUCAUUCAGGCGAGAAACCCUACCGAUGCGACAUAUGCGGGAAAUUAUUUGCACGGAACACGCACCUUGUGGAGCAUCGCCGUAUUCAUACGGGCGAAAAACCCUAUCGUUGCGACUUAUGUGCUAGAUCAUUUUCAAAGAAACAUCAUCUCGCGCCACAUCGCCACGUGCAUACCGGCGAGAAGCCCUAUCAUUGCAGCAUGUGUGGUAAAUCAUUUUCAAGAAAGGAUAACCUUGAUGUACAUCGCCGCACUCACACAGGCGACAAGCCCUACCAUUGCAGCAUAUGUGGUAAAUCAUUUGUACAGAAGCCUCACCUCGAUGCACAUCGCCGCACUCACACAGGCGAGAAGCCCUUCAAGUGCACGACAUGCACGAAAUCCUUCACACAGCAAGGACAUCUUCGUGCACAUCAACGCAUUCAUUCAGGCGAGAAACCCUACCGAUGCGACAUAUGCGGGAAAUUAUUUGCACGGAACACGCACCUUGUGGAGCAUCGCCGUAUUCAUACGGGCGAAAAACCCUAUCGUUGCGACUUAUGUGCUAGAUCAUUUUCGACUAGCUCCAAUUUCACGAGGCACCGCCAUAUUCAUUGAGGCGAGAAACCCUACUAAUGCGCGACGUGCACUCAAUCCUUUGCCCACUCGGGAAAUCUUCGCAGGCAUGAACGCACGCAUACAGGCGAGAAGCCGUUUAAAUGCGAAAUAUGUGGUCAUUCGUUCACGACAGCCUACUCUCUUCAAAGACAUCGACGAACGCGCACAGACCAUGAAAUCUGUAAGCCUCCCGCACAAAGAAAAGAUCACAAUCACUUCGAGAAGUGAAGUAUCAAUUAUUAACUCCACUGCUGUACUGGCGCGUGCCCUUCACUGGCGAAAUGAGCAUGUAAUCCAUCCCGUACACACAAAAACUGUUUCUACGUGUCCACCUUAUUCACGUGGAUGAACCUCCAUUGCAGUCUGCACACGGCAGUCUUCAUUUUAAAAACAAACGGCACUCUGAACGAACAUGUGCACUGAUUCUUAUGCGCUAUUUGCGCAGCAAUUUUUUUUGUAAAGUGCUUUUUUUUACUUUCCUCUUCCCAUAUGUGUCAUACAUAGGCGGGCUGUCGUAGCGGUUUUAUCGUACUUGCAUAAGUCAUUUUUAUAGCUCAACUUUUAUUUCAUGACGUGAGAAAGAAGCGGUGCAGGACAAAGAAUACUGCCUUUCUUUCUUAAGAAUAGAACAAAAAUGGUUAAAACCACGUGUGUGAGAUGUCGGUUUCUCGUAUCGUGACAAAGAGCUGUAAUAGAUGCGCGUAGGUAACCAAUACUGCCUGGCUUUUGGAAAUCACGGGAACAAACGUCAUCACCCCAGGUAUUUAGAGUGGUCCAAUGCAGAAGAAUUUUGGAGAUCCUUCCCAAUGUUUGCCCUUCGGAUACAUAGAUAUGUUUAGUGACGUGGCCAUACCAAAGAUGUGUCUAGACAAGUCCACGCGGACUGCACUUGUGUGUUGCGCGACAUCAUACAGUUGAAAUAACAGCACAGAAACCUCUGCGAGAUGUAAUUAGCUAUUCCGGCUGUGAAGUUUGGUUGGUUUGCUUUAAACCAUAAUUACUAUCGAGAUACAUGUGUGGCAUAUAUGGCAUUCUUACUCAUGGUAAAAGACUGGGCGUGCAAACACAGACACAACAAAGAAGUCAACACACCACAAACGCCCGGUUGCAAUCUUACUGAUGCAUUUUUUUGCUUUAUAUCGGGAACAUGGUUGGUGAGAAUUAUGAUCGAAAUUAGAUGUUUUAACGUGCAUUCCAAUCGUCGACUGCCAACAUCUUCGUUUGAUUUUGGAAUGAUAUUGUAAGUUUUAAACGAGCGCGAUUUAUACCUUGCAAAUCGUCUCUUCUGACAUAGUUUUAUAGCUACAACUGCAAACUUACUACUGCCUUACGUGAGAAAUGCAUCCGCAGAAGCGAAGAGUAUCACUAUAUACAGCCUUAAGGUAUAAUUACGGUUACGGAAUACUGAUCGAUGAUAAAAUAAAAUCUCUUGCGAUGUCUGUUUGCAU